UCCGCGUCUCCCUGCACAACUAGUUAUCAGACUAUCCAGACAGUGCGGUCUGUAGGUUAGGUUUAUUCUUAUCACGUGUUUUUCUCCUGUUUUUGUCGCCAUACCAGUGCGAGGUUGCGCUGGUGUGUCGUGGUGCCGUGCUGUCAGCGAAGUACCGGGGAGGGGGGUCACAACGUCUGCGUGCGUGCUCACUAAUCCAGAAGAGAAAACAUGACUGCAACUCACACCCGGUUGCUGUUUUUGAUCGUCUGCGCAGAUGUGGCUCUUGCCUUCAUUGACUUGAACUGCAAAUCCGAGAAUCACGGAGAGUAUGGACAACAGUCGAGAGUGGAAUGUAUCAUCCAACCUAAGAAAGAGGCAGAAGACCCAGAGAUCAUAAUGGUCACAUGGAAGAAAGACAAAGAUGAGCAUCCCUUAUUACUUUACAAGAAGGGAAAGACCAACUGUGAACAACGCUAUCAGUUUGCUGAGCCAGAGUGGAAUAAUAAGACAAUGAGUGUGUCCCUGCUUGUGACCAAUACCAUGUUGGAAGAUACUGGACAGUAUAGAUGCAUGGUGAUCACAGAUAGCGGCGAUGCAAGCGCCUCAACCGAGCUCAGUGUCGCAGCCAAAUACAGUGCACCAACUAUAAACUACAUACCUGAGAAAGAAAUCCCUCUGAAUACAAAUUCGACACUUUUCUGUAACUCAUACGGUGGUUACCCACAAGGUCAAAUUCGCUGGUUUGACGUGGACAACAGUGAGUUGACACACAGCUCUGAAAUGGAGGCCAAACAGAUGCCUGAUGGACUGUUUAACCUCACCAGUAAGCUGUCUCUGCUGCCUGACUCCGUUUUUUCCAAGCCCACAUGUGUGGUACACAGCGCCUCAGGAAGCAAGGAGGGGGAGGCCAUAUUUGAGAUGCCAGAAACCUCAUUUAUUUCAGAAAAUUUGGGACAGCAGGAUUCAAAUUCCAAAAUAAUUGCCCCUGUGGUGGUCAUUGGAUCACUGAUAGUAGGACUCCUGUUGGUGAUCGUUCUCAAAUGGCGCCGACGUGACCGUCACCAAAUUGAUCCGGAUAUUGACAAUGACGAAACACAAACAAUGGCCCCAGCCAGUGAGCCGUGAUCGUCUCAGGGUAAAUGAGUUAAUGCUUAUGUGUGAAGUAUUGACUCGCCCAAAAGGAACACUUCCCUGUUGGUCAGCAGAGACUGUUUUGCCAGUCUUUCAGUUCCCAGCUUUGUUUCACACACACUGGCUUCCAUAUCCACAGUCGGGUCAAGUCAAUUUUAUUUGUAUAGACCAAUAUCACAAAUUACAAAUUUGCCUCAAGGGGUUUUACAGCAACAUAACAUUCUGUCCUUAGACCCUCGCAUCGGAUAAGGAUUUAUCAGAGGAAUUUGUUGUGAGCUCUUGAAUGUAACUGCAACGAGUGAGCUAAACUUAAAUUUAUAUAGCUUGAAACGGGCAUGUGAUUUUGCUUGGGUUUAAAAGAGUGAGGGAAACCAACUGCAGGCCUACACCGUGAAACAACACAUGCUAACAACUGAAACCAAUGGGCUCUACUUUUGUGCAGCUUAGCGCAGGCUCAAGUGCAGGCCACAUAUAGGCGUACCGGAUAUAUUUUUGGUAAUUUAGUGAAUGGCAAACUUAAAACCCCUAUAACUUCAAAUAAAAAUUACUUCAAAUAUAACUUCAGAGCAGUUGAUUUGUUAAGGGAGCCCUACUUUAGACCAUUCAGCAGCAUGGACAUUUCAGUUCACCUUUGCAGACAGUGAAAGUGCAUGUUCUCAUCACACAAGCUUUACUAGUGGAUCUUUGUUGAUGUAAUAUUUUAUGUAAAUAGAUGAAAUAAUCUCAUUCAAGACCUUGACUCUAGUGUAAGUAUGUUUAAUUAUGAGUGAAAAUGAAUGAAUGGAUCCGUCCAGUCGGCCGUCCAUCUAUGCUUAGUCCCAUUCACGAUCACAGCGCAAUGACCCCAUGUGUACAUGUUUAAUCUCGAUCUGUGUUUGGGUUUUCUCUGUGUUAUCUGUCCACAUUAACAAAGUAUUUUACAAGGCAUGUCAGUCUAGGACCUACAUAACAAUAGAGGCUGAUAACAGAAAGUAUCAUGUGAUCUUACCAACGCUCCUUUACCAUUACUCUUUUCACAAAUGUUGAAUCAGAAAACAGCCAUUACCUGUCACAGCAACGAAAGAGCACACCAAAAUACUGUAGCACCACGGACAAAUAUGAAUGAUUAUUCCAAACACAAUGGGACAAUGUUAUUGGUUAAAUCAGCAACUGGGUGUAAAAAAAGAAGGACCUCAUUUUAAAAAAGAUUAAGAUGGACAUUUAAGUUUGCAUCUCAUGUCCAAGUCUAAUUACAAAUGAGCAUUGAAAAGCCAUCAAGUGCUGUUUUGCAUUUGGUCUGUUUUUCAACAUUUACAUUAUUAUUGUACUUUCUUCAUCGUUACGUGGAUUUUUAAUAAUGUGUAGCAUUUUAAACUGUGAAAUUGUUUAUUUGUUUAAUGUACACACAAACUGUAGAUUGGUCUGUCGUGAUAUUCUGCACUUUUCCCCCAAUUGUACUGGGCCAAUUACCCACUCUUCCGAGUUGUCCCGGUCUCUGCUCCACCCCCUCUGCCGAUCCGGGGAGGGCUGCAGACUACCACAUGCUUCCUCCCAUACAUGUGGAGUCACCAGCCGCUUCUUUUCACCUGACAGUGAGGAGUUUCGCCAGGGGGACGUAGCACGUGGGAGGAUCGACCAAUCAAUCAAGUUGCAUUUUUAUAGCGCUUUUCUAGCUGCAACAGCCAUCACGCUAUUCCCCCCUGUUCCUCCUACCCCCUAAACAGGCGCCACGACCGACGAGAGGAGGAGCUAGUGCAGCGACCAGGACACAUACCCACAUCUGGCUUCCUACCCGCAGACACGGACAAUUUUGUUUGUAGGGACGCCCGACCAAACCGGAAGUAACACGGGGAUUUGAACCGGCGAUCCCCGUGUUAGUAGGCAACGGAAUAGACCGCUAAGCUACCCGGACGCGAUAUUCUGCACUUUUAAGACAUAUGUAUGUGUGUGCACGCGCGCGCGCGCGCGUUUUGAAGAUAUGUUGACCAGUAGAUACAUUUCUCGGCAGACUACUAUCUGUGCCUUCGACAAACCGUGACAAGGUCCAGACUUUUCUCUCACACGUCAAAGUGGUGGAGCAAAGUUCUGGAGUGUAUAUCUACUCUAUAUUGUAAUUGUCCUAUUCACCACCUCUUGAUUAUCCAUGGCGCACUAAUAUUAAAUCAGCGGCAUGAUACAUAUUUGAUCAUGAUAUGAUUACGACUUAGCACUCUUGUAACAUUACGAUUUAUCCACUUAUUGCUGACUCUUUAAAAUCACUUUGUAUGAAAUUAUCUGUCGUAUGAGUAAUUGUAAAUGUAAAUAGUCAAAAAUGUCUUGAAAAAAUUACUUUGGAAAUCAAUUACAAUUACGGGUUUGCUUAAAAGUUGUGAUAUUAAAAAUGUUUAUAUGAAGAAA